AUGAGGGAUAGUAAUCAACCAACAUAAAUAUACUAGAGUGAUCAAAAUACAUCUUUUGUGCAAUUGGAUAUAGAUGAAGCUAUGGAAAAAGUUGGUUAAAAACAUAAAUACCAAAAAGUUAUAGUUUUCUUUUCUUGUUUAACUACAUUUUUUGCAUCCUUUUGUUUCAUGGUGACUCCUUAUUUCUUAAGUCCUCCAACAUUUGAAUGUUAAAUAGAUAAUGAAUGGGUAAUUUGUGAUGAAGACAGUGGAGCUUGCGAUGCUAAUAUUUUAUCAAGAAUGACAAUAAAUGUGGAUUCAAACAUAUCUGCUCAAUUUGAGCUUUAUUGUGAAAAUAGAACAUGGAGAACAAUUAUAUAGAGUACUCCUUAUUUUGGAUGCAUUAUAGGGGUAUUAAUUUUUAACUACUUUUCAGACAACAAAGGCAGAGCUAUAACUACUAAAAUAUGUUGGGUUAUUGGUACAGUAUUUGCCUUAAUUUUAAACUUCUCUACAAAUAUUCCUAUGCUUUUAAUUGGUUCCUUUGGUAUGGGUUUUGGAAUCCAAACACUUCUUUCUUUAGUUAUCGUAAAUUGUAAUGAGAUCUCAGCUGGUUAAUUUAGGGUUAUAGCUGUAAUCCUUCUUUAUGUAUUAUGUGCAGUAAAUGAAAUGUAAUACAUUUGGUUUCUUAAAGUUUUUCCUAAUUGGAAGUGGUGUACUUUUAUCUGCUUUACAGCCCCUAUGUGUUUACUUUCAGUAUUCCCAUUUGUUUUUAUCCGCGAUUCUCCAAGAUAUUUAUAUUAGAAGAGUAGAUAAAAAUGCUUAGAUACUUUAAAUUAUAUAGCUGAAUUCAACAAUAGAGAAAAAAUUAGAGAAUAUGAGUUGAAAGAAGAGGGAAGAAAUGAUGAUAAAAUAUAUAGCUAUAUAGAUUUAUUUAGAUAUAAGUCUUAAAGAAAUACAACCAUUUUUAUGGUUAUCCUUUUCAUACCUCCCAAUCUUUUGUUUUAUGGAAUUUAAGUUUCGUUAGAUUAAAUUGGUUCUUCUUUCUAAGAAAAUUCAUUAUUUAUUGGAAUAGGUGAAUUUGUUGGAUACAUAGUAUCGGAUUUUAUUUCUCACAAAAUUCCAAGAAAGAAAGGAACAUUUUUCUCAUUGUUAAUUACAUGUGCUGUUUGUAUUUCUUUUAUAUUUUUUCAAAUUCCUGAAUCAUGCAAAAAUUCUGACUAAACAUGCUGGUAAAAGCCAUUUUAAACUUUUAUGGCUGCCUUAGCAAGAUGCAUGUUUUCAAUAGCUUUUAGUUUAAUGGUUCUUCUUUGUGGUGAAACAUAUCCCACUACUUUAAAAUCAGUUGGAUAUGGAUUUAAUUUUGCUAUAGGAAUGAUAGGUAGUUUCUUAUCUCCUUUUUUUGUUGACAUUUCUAAUAGAAUGGGAAUCAUUCCAAUUGCAAGCUUGGGUUUCUUAACAUUAAUUGGAUGUGUUGCAGUAUGUUUUUUAAAAGAAACUAUUAAUUAGCCUAUGAUUUAAGAAAUACCAGAACUUUUAGUUAGAGCUAAAAGUAGGAAAUCUUUACUAAUAGAUUCUCUUCAAAUCCAUUCCAGUGUUGAAGAGGAAGUUAAUGAAACAAACAAAUAAAAGACUAUUCAUGUCAAUUGA